AUGGAAUGUAGGAGUAUAAAAACAUUCUAUUACCAAUUAAAAAUCUCUUACCCUUCGAUAAUCCCAAUUCUUUGCUUCUAAAUUCUUAUCACUAUACCCCCAACGAGACUAGGGAAGGACAAAAAGAAUAGACAUUCGCCAUGUGCCAUCAAAUUACUUGGUACCAUGCCGUCUGCUACCAUCAGGACUCCGCCUACAAUCUUCUCAUCUCAUGCAGACAGGCCUUGAAGGUAGGGUACGAAUGCUACAGACCUGAAUGCAUCCUCAUCCCUGUGUUCGGGGCAUGUAUGUCCUGCAAGCAUGAAGAGAGUCUUGCAAAGGGGAAACUUAGCCUGAUGCGGGCUUGCGCAGAUGAGAGUUCGAGACCACAGGCCCUGGGCACUUUUUCGAGCACUCUUUCUAACAUGGAAUUAGAGCUAGAACUGCAGCAUUCUGUCGGAGAUGAUAGUGGCAUUUUCCUCAAUGGCGAUGACGAAGACGUGGUGGGUUUCGACGAAAAUAAUCAAACGGAUGAAUUGGAGUUGUUUGAUUUAGUCACGUUUUGAGGUUGAGGUAACCGGUGUCUCCCUUUAUCCUUUCUGAUGAACGUCUUUUCUUGUUUUAUUAUCUGCAUUUGUUUGGUUUUGCUGAUUUGACCUUGACUAGUUAAUUUGUGUUGGAACAGGUUUUCCAAGUGAAGGUCCGGUUUUGGCGCAUUUUGGAAAAUGUAUUUUUAUUCAGACCGAAAGUAAGUGUAUGUUCCUGUUUAGACAUGAGUCUCCUUCAAUUAUCAUUGACCAUCGUAUA